AAGAUGGCGGCGGCAGACGGGGAUGAUUCUCUGUAUCCUAUCGCUGUGCUCAUUGACGAGCUGCGGAAUGAAGACGUUCAGCUCCGCCUUAACAGCAUUAAAAAGCUCUCAACUAUUGCAUUGGCCCUGGGAGUAGAGAGAACACGCAGUGAGCUUCUUCCAUUCCUCACAGACACCAUAUAUGAUGAGGAUGAAGUACUUCUUGCAUUGGCUGAGCAGCUGGGGACCUUUACUUCAUUGGUGGGGGGACCAGAAUUUGUACACUGCUUGCUGCCACCGCUGGAAAGUCUUGCAACAGUUGAGGAGACGGUAGUAAGAGAUAAAGCUGUUGAUUCUCUCCGUGCCAUUUCUCAUGAGCAUUCGCCUUCUGACCUUGAAGCUCAUUUUGUGCCACUGGUUAAGCGCUUGGCUAGCGGAGACUGGUUCACCUCCCGCACAUCUGCAUGUGGCCUCUUCAGUGUUUGCUAUCCACGUGUCUCCAGCACAGUAAAGGCUGAACUUAGACAGCAUUUCCGUAACUUGUGCUCAGAUGAUACUCCUAUGGUGAGGCGAGCUGCUGCUUCCAAGCUGGGGGAAUUUGCUAAAGUUUUGGAGUUGGAAAAUGUAAAGAGUGAAUUAAUACCCAUGUUUUCCAAUCUAGCAUCUGAUGAACAGGAUUCAGUGCGCUUGCUAGCAGUGGAGGCCUGUGUGAACAUUGCUCAGCUUCUGCCCCAGGAAGAGCUGGAACCACUGGUUAUGCCCAUACUCCGCCAGGCAGCUGAGGACAAAUCUUGGAGAGUGCGAUACAUGGUGGCAGACAAGUUCAUAGAGCUUCAGAAUGCUGUUGGUCCAGAAAUCACCAAAACAGACUUGGUUCCUGCUUUCCAAAAUCUGAUGAAAGACUGUGAAGCCGAAGUACGAGCUGCUGCCUCCCAUAAAGUUAAAGAAUUCUGUGAGAACCUGUCUGCUGAAUGCCGUGAGAAUGUAAUAAUGACACAGAUUCUGCCUUGUGUCAAGGAAUUAGUCUCCGAUGCCAAUCAACAUGUGAAAUCUGCUCUGGCUUCAGUCAUUAUGGGCCUUUCUCCAAUACUGGGCAAAGACAACACCAUUGAGCAUCUCCUUCCACUAUUCCUUGCACAGCUGAAAGAUGAGUGUCCAGAAGUGCGGCUGAAUAUUAUCUCAAACCUGGACUGUGUGAAUGAGGUUAUUGGGAUCCGGCAACUGUCACAGUCACUCCUUCCUGCCAUCGUAGAACUGGCAGAAGAUGCCAAAUGGCGUGUCCGACUGGCAAUUAUCGAAUACAUGCCCCUACUUGCUGGGCAGCUGGGAGUGGAGUUCUUUGAUGAAAAGUUAAACUCUUUGUGCAUGGCCUGGCUGGUGGAUCAUGUGUACGCCAUUCGAGAGGCAGCAACGAGCAACCUGAAGAAGCUGGUGGAGAAGUUUGGCAAAGACUGGGCUCAGGCCACCAUUAUCCCCAAAGUCCUGGCAAUGUCUAAUGAUCCCAACUACCUACAUAGGAUGACCACACUGUUCUGCAUCAAUGUGCUUUCAGAGGUUUGUGAACAAGACAUCACCACCAAGCACAUGCUCCCUACUGUUGUAAGGAUGGCUGGGGAUGCUGUCGCUAAUGUGCGCUUUAAUGUGGCCAAGUCUUUGCAGAAAAUAGGACCCACCUUGGACAACAGCACCCUACAGAACGAAGUGAAACCAGUGCUGGAGAAAUUAACACAAGAUCAAGAUGUAGACGUGAAGUAUUUUGCACAGGAAGCCCUCACAGUGCUGGCUUUGGCAUGAGGACAGCCAUUAACAGACACUCGCCAUGAACCUUCUCUAUCACCUGCUCGUGUUUCUUCUCAUGGCUGCACCAGAAAUCCAUCUUUUCAGUGCGGUCUCGUUUUCCUCUCAUCACACAGCCGUCUGGAUGGCUCCCUAUCUCCCUCUUCACUACUGAACGUUAUUAUCAAUAAAUUGUAACUGGCUGUGGCUUUUAACCCCAACAUGCUGUUUUUAUGUCCCAGGGACAUGUCGAGGGGGUGGGGGGCAUCAUAACAUUUUCAGGGCUGCUUUGUUUAUACCCUACUACAGAAAAACAUGGCAGCUUUCUGUGUGCGUGGAAACAAGUUAUGGAUUCAUACAUGUAUUAAGUCUUUAUGCACUUGAGCUGAUGUAAGUAAAUUGAAAUUGCCUCUUACUUAUAUACAUUAACUUUUAAAGUUGUUUUUCUUCUUUUUUUUUAACCAAUAAAAACACUAAAUAUU